AGUAUACAGCAUCCAACCACCAGUCUGUCAAAUCUGGUGUCAAAUCGGUAAACUGUUGGACAUACCGAGUUCAUUUGUGUGGGUUCUUUUUCAAUAAAUAAUUUAAGUUUCUGUCAAAAAAAACUUAAUUCCCUUCGAAAUGAUAAAACGUCUCAUCUUUCUCGUUUCAAUACUUUCAGUGGUACAUGCAAUCCUUCCAGGAAUUGGUGAUGAAGAUACUUUAACACAAGAGAAACUUGUAUCGUGUGAAAGAAUCAAAUAUGAUGCCGAGGGCCCAUACGAUGCCCAAGUCAGGGCCACUCUAAUCACCAUGCCAGUCAAGGAUGUACCAAUUCCAAUAGUUAUAGUUCGAUAUGCCGACAUUGAUAACAUUGAAAGUUUCCCAUUAGCGACAUCAGAAGAUCUUGCCAAGGGGGAGGAAAUUGUAAAGUAUAAGAAUAUAUUGUAUCGCGAUAGAUCUGGGUUCAACAUCACUUUAGUAGAUGAAACCAGACCCACUGAAUACUUGACAAGUGCCUUCACGGCCAAAGAUCAAGAGAUUGUCUUCAAUGCCACCCAUUCAGGAACUUAUUGUGUCUACAUCUCAAAAGGACGUAUAUGGCGUGAUAUUGAGGUUGAACUUCAAUUCCGUAGUUCUCAUGGUUACCGGCAAUUUUUAGCGUAUUCACAGUUACAACUUAUGCCAUUCGAUGUGUUGAGUGACUUAAUUUUACUUCUUAUAGUAUACUUUCUCAUGCCUGAACCACCCAAGACGUAUCUCAUCAUACAGCUUGGUUGCGAGGCAUUGAUGGAUUUGUUGGAAUAUGCCAAGCAAUCCAAUGCUAAUCAGUACUCUGAUAGGCCUCUUAUGUCUUAUUGGCAUCUUUUGUUCAUUUUUAACAUUGUCAAAGGGUUAGUGCUUCAAACUGAAAUUUUCUUUUCAUUGGGGUUAUGGACUUUUCAUGGCUGGAAUUUCAAUGCCAUUCCCUUUAAUUUGAGACGUAAUGCCUUGAUAUAUGUAGGUACCUUUUCCUUUGCAAUUUCCAUCAUGGACAUUGCAAAGUCUAACGACCAUAUGUUUGAAUCUAUAUGGUAUGCUCUAUUGCUCGGAAUCAUGGCAAUUUUCGUUCUUUUAUCCCUGGUUAUUAAACCCAUGAUUCUUCUUAGUUUUUAUAACAAGACUAAACUUUUAUUUGCCAAUACUCCAAAGAGGUGGAUCACAGGAGGAAUUGGUUCAACUUUAUUAGUAGAAACUUUGUUUUACUGGGGUUCCGAUGUUUGGGAUAUGGUGCAAUAUAUGUUGGAACCCAGUCAGAACAAUUCUCAAGAUAUUAUUGAACAUCUUCAGGCAGUGGUUGAUGCUGAUUUAAAGUAUUUUGAACCGUUGGACACCGUUAGUGAAGUAGGAAAGUCCAUAUUAAUGAAGUUAGGUCGAUUCAUCGCUAUCUAUUUGAUUUGGAGAAACAUAAACCUCAAAAAGGAGAAGAAAUAGAGAUAUAGAGAUAUAGUGAAAUAGAG